GUUUGUUUCUAAGCAUGUUUACUGUAACGGCCUAACAAGACACAAGUUAGGACAUAAUUACGGAGUAUAAGUUUGAGUAAGAACACCUACUCGAGGUGAAUUGAGUACUACUCCGUACUUCAUUGUUUAUUCGCAUCAAUCACGCUUCCCACUCUCUCACUAUCAAACCUUCAAUUUCAUUUCAUCAUCCUAAUAAACCAAUCCAGAUUCUAUAAACCCUAAAAUUGAUUCAUCGUUUCCUCCAAAAUUCGAGCUAGGAAAUUACCAAAUUCAUUCAAUUCUGUAAACCAAACCCCGUCAAAUGAUGGCGGGUCGUCGAGACGGUUUGAUGCGAAGCGCCAGCGGCAGUAACAAUCAAUCGCUUCGUACAUCUCGAAUCGCCAUUGCUAUCGCGAUCGGUGUUUUGUUGGGCUGUGUUUUCGCCUUUUUUUACCCACAUGGUUUCUUCCAUCCUCAUUAUCCUUCCACUUCCGCAAUCUCCCGUCUCUCUGAAUCCACUUAUCAGGAGAUUUCGUCGGACUGUGAGUCAAACGAGCGGAUUGAUAUACUCAAGGCAGAAAUUGUUAGGAUGACGGAAAAGAAUGCAGAGUUGAGAAAGCAAGUGAGGGAGCUAAAUGAGAAGCUAAGGUUGGCUGAACAAGGAACAGACACUGCUCAAAAACAAUUUCUGGUAUUGGGUGAGCAACCCAAGGCUGGGCCUUUUGGUACCGUAAAGAGUUUAAGGACGAACCCAACUGUGGUGCCGGAUGAAUCUGUGAACCCCAGAUUGGCAAAGAUCUUAGAAGAAGUUGCUGUUAGGAAAGAGCUGGUUGUCGUUUUGGCAAAUGCUAAUGUACAGGAGAUGUUAGAGGUGCAGGUAUCUACUGUCAAGAAAGCAGGUAUACCCAAUUAUUUGGUUGUGGCUUUGGAUGAUGAGAUUGAGGGUUACUGCAAAUCCAAUGGAGUUGCUGUAUAUAAGCGAGACCCUGACGAGGGGGUGGAUGAAAUUGGAAGGUCAGGUGGUAAUCAUGCUGUUUCUGGAUUGAAAUUCCGUAUUUUAAGAGAGUUCUUGCAGCUUGGUUACAGUAUUCUCCUAUCAGAUGUUGAUAUAAUCUACUUAAGAAACCCAUUUGAUCAUCUUUACCGUGACUCAGAUGUAGAAUCAAUGACAGAUGGCCACAAUAAUGCGACUGCUUAUGGGUAUAAUGACGUCUUUGAUGAACCUGCAAUGGGUUGGGCUCGAUAUGCACACACUAUGAGGAUUUGGGUUUUUAAUUCAGGGUUCUUUUAUAUAAGGCCUACAGUUCCUUCCAUUGAGCUUUUGGAUCGUGUUGCUGAUAGGCUUUCUAAGGAAAAGGCAUGGGACCAGGCAGUUUUCAAUGAGGUGCUCUUUUACCCUUCACAUACAGGCUAUCAAGGACUUCAUGCUUCUAAGAGGACUAUGGAUUUCUAUGCUUUCAUGAACAGCAAAGUUUUAUUUAAGACUGUUAGGAAAGACCCUAAUCUGAAGAAGUUUAAACCAGUGAUUAUCCAUAUAAAUUAUCAUCCUGACAAACUUCCAAGAAUGAGAGCCGUUGUUGAGUAUUACUUCAAUGGCAAACAGGAUGCGUUGGAUCCUUUUCCAGAUGGCUCUCAAUGAUGGAAGGAAAGAAAUAUAUAAGCUUGUUCGCAUUCAGCAUUUUUUCUUAGUGUACAAGGAAGGCAUGGCACAUACAGAAUACGGGCUCAUUUCUGCCUAUUUUCAGGUCUAACAGAGUUUUUAGAAAGAGAUGCAACCCUUUUUUGUUUACAUGUUCUGGUUCUGUCAUACGUUUUUUUCCCCCCUAGAAUUUACCCAUUAUUUUCUCUUUUAGGACUUCUAUUCAUGUUGUAUUCAAGUGUAUCUUAUCUAAAAGAUGAUAUAACAAAGAGUACGGUGUGUUGUAUACUCAUGUCAACUUGUGAUUUUGUUAAUUGUGAAAUUUGACAAGGUAUUUUCCCUUGGCUGCCAA